AAAUGGUCGCCUACAACUUGUACAUUUUUGAUAGAAACUGCUCCUGCCUCUUCUACAGGCAGUGGGCUAAAGUGAAGGAGUGCGGGAUAUCACCAGAAGAGGAAAGGAAGCUACUCUACGGCAUGGUCUAUUCCUUAAAAUCCCUCCUCUCCCGCCUUUCCCCCGUCAGUACUAGAGAUGGUUUCAUUGGUUAUUCCACUGAUAAGUACAAGCUCCAUAUUUACGAGACCCCGACGGGUACUAAGUUUAUUCUUAAUACUGACCACAAGGCAGGGGACCUGCAGGAGAUGCUGCAGCACAUUUAUACUAAGAUAUAUGUUGAGUACGUGAUUAAGAAUCCUCAUUAUAAGUUGGGGACGACCAUUGAUUCUCAACUGUUUGUGAAGGAACUGGACAAUUACAUACAAUCCAAACCUUUUUUUACUAAAUGA